CCAUCCAUCAGCUUCGAGCAGUAUCGUUCAGACGCUACAACUCCAAAUUUUGUGGUCGCCGCCCUCCCACCUCUACACGGUCAGCUACGCACUACGGAGCAAUCACACGCGCAGUCUCCUUUCGGUUCUGGCACCGCUGCUCUCGGCAUCAUCAUGGCAGACUCUUCGCUUGAUCAUCGCUCGUCUUCUGGUCAGAGCUCUGCUCUGGGUCUGAACAGCAAGCGACCGAGCAUUGCCAAUCCCUCGCCCAUGCUCGGCAGCGAAGCUGGCCGCUCCGAGUCUCGUGCAGGUAGCAUAUCCACCUUGUGGAGCUCAGCAGACUGCCCAUUUUUUCUCGACACCAUCGCCACAUCACAAGCGGACGUCCUACGACGCUCAAGCGGCGCGGCAUCUUGCGCCGCAGACUCUGCUCCCAGGAUCAUGCUUCGAAACGCCAGCUCCAGUUCGGCUUCUUCACUUCAGUCAUUGGCACAAAACCCUCGAUUCGAGAUCCUUGAGCACCUGGAAGAAAAUAGCUUGACCGUACCUGACGCGCAGUCGCUUCGCGUGGAGCCUACAUCGACGCGAGCACUGCCAGCCAGCGAGGUUCGCGGGGCUUCAGCUGCUACACCGACGAGCACCACUUUUUCCCAACUUAAAGGUACGCCAACACGUUUGCAGAAGAGGAGGCCUUCCGCUCUUCAGCUUGAUCAUCUUCGGCACUCGCCACGUCGCGACAUCAACGCCGCUUCCAUGCCCAUUUCGGUCAGCUACGACAGCCAGUUGUACACUGCGCGGUCCUUUUCGCCUGGACGCAGCACCUUGAGCCAGAACACGCCUUCAUCCUCUGCAUUCAGGACUCCGACCAACGCUUCACAUCAAAGUCACGGUACUCGGUGUGCCCAAGAUGUAUUGCGCGCCAACGAGGAACCUCACAAAGUUACUGAGGGACGCUCUUCUGGUUCAAUUCUCGCGUCUGCAGACCCUGCUCUCUAUGGCAAGGCACAGCGAUACUUCAGCCCAUCGUACAGCAUGGACUCGCCCACGCAUGGCCAGCAUACUCCCGGCGCCUUUCGACAGGCCAGUAUAGCUUGCUCGCCGUCUCAACGACGAACGAAUCUGCGACAUUCCGCCUCCACGUACGGAACCGAGGAGUCCAUCGAGGUCUUCACGCCACGCGAUGACUCAGCAAGCUCUCGGUCAGGAUCUUCGAUGGAGUCUACGCAUGAGCAGCUGCUUGAGACCAAGCAGGAGUUCCAAACACUAUCGCUUGCGCUUGGCACCCAAAGCCGUCCUGCUACUGCACCGGCCGAAGACUCGAUCUUGUGGACCUCUCAUCACCAGCCUUUACGAGAAGCAUCGAAGCCAGUGGCGAGGUCACCUACUUCUCCUCUACAGACAAUAGCUAGCCGAUCCUCUGCCGUUCGUCACCACCGUGGCGACGUGGACAGACCGCGCACGAGCGAGAACGUCACGCCACCACAUUCUGCGAGUAGCGGUCGCUCUGACUUCAGUGCCGAGAUGGAGUUCACCCUCUCGACAGAUACUGCAAUCACGGUGAAGAAGCGAGGACUGAGUGCUAGACUCCGCGCUGUAUCAACGCCCAAGCUGCGAGCGGCUGCAGCUUGGCGAUUCAACUCCACCGACACAUCGGCUAACCCCCUUCCAACGAUCGCGCAUCCUACGUCACCUCUGUCCAGUGCCGUGCCGCUGAAGAACCAGACCGCAGCUACCAAGGCCGACGCAACCCGUCCAAUUCGACCCGUGUCGGGCGGGCGCUUCAGGUCUCGAACGCUCGGCGAGGCUGACCGGCGACACACCUCUAGCAAUUCCGAUGAGCUGAGGAGAUGCAUUCUAGAGCGACCCGAAACUUCUCGCAGCAACGUGACUGGCUUAUCGUCGACUGAUCUGAAGAAGUCGCGAAGGCCAAGCAGGACAGACACGAUCGAGUCGUCUCCGUCAUCUUGCUCGCACUCGAUCCUGCAAACUCCGCAGUCGUCGACGACGCAUCUCGCAGGGUCUGUGCAGAUCUCUUCGCCUAAGCUCGGCAAGCACGGUACUGUCAAAGCACCCGUUCGACCUACCUCUGCUCGUCCCAAGAGCAAAGGCGGGUGGGCUAGCCACCUUGCCGAAGGAUUGACACUUCACCUUGAGCACGAAGGCAAGCGAGAGAUCGUCAGAAUGACCUACCUUUACUACGAUCCCUUUGGCGCUCCGGAAAGCCUCUGCAACAACGAUUCACUAAUCACGGCAAAUGGUCGCCCAGCCACUCCCAAAAGACCAAAGUCCAAAGGAGGUGUUCAAGUGAGCGCUGACGAACAACUCGGAAUUCUGGAGUUCGGCCCUGCUGUGGACCCGUCGAGUCCUUCCACGCCCACAGCGAUAUCUUUUCGAGCCAAGAACGAGGGCAGCUCUCCUUCGAUGGCUUUGUUGAGGCACUUGACGGUUGGUGACGACAUGAAGGGAGACUUGUUGGCGCGCCAGGCGAAUCUCUCUCUUGCCCAAGUUGGUACGAAUGAAGUCUCGGGCAUUGAGCGUAAAGGGAGCCUUGCCUGGAGAUUCACAUACAAUGUCGACGUUGACGCUGGCUCGAGAACAAAGAUUUUGCGACCUGUCGGCUUUUCAUGCUCCGCAACGCUGUUGGACCCCGUCAAAGCUCGCAAAGGCAGACUUUUGAACAUGAUGCGCAAGCAAAUGAUAGCUAGCAACAUCGACUCGGUGCCGGUCAUUGGCUCACCUGCGUCCGCACCUGCCCAUCUGGCAGGCGAAACGAUGCCAAGAACGCCAUCAGAUGACGGCACCUCGUGUAGCAUGAGGCCACUUGCGAGCUCUCCAGUCACAUUGACACACCCCGAUAGCGGCGCUUUGAGUAGACCUAUCAGACAGAGUCUCGCGCCUUCCGACACAUCUUCGGCACGCUCGCUUCACGGCAAUCCGCCUACAGGCCAGCAAUUCGCGCCUGGCGUGUCUUCGAACGCUCCAAAUCAUAAUCUCGUACCGUUCAAAAUGAAUCGGGCGGCGCUCGCUAAACGUAGCUUUGCAAGUCUCAGCUCAAAGCACGGCCCCAGCGCCCAGUCCACCGACUUGCCCGCCUCCCCUCCUCGUGACGCUACCUUUGUUACCCACCAGCACCAGCCAAAGUCUGCAGGUCUGCUCACCUCCACCGCCCUCAGCUCUGAAUCGGCAACGCUUCCGCCUGGCUCUUCGUACGGUAUUCAACUUCGAGUGCAUGGUAGCCCCACAAGUCGACGCCGUGGAGCGUCAGUGGGACAAGAGGAUGCAAAUUCCCAAUCGCGAUCAAGAUACCAACCUCAGACGAGCCAACUUGCUGGUGUGCACACGUCAUUCGGGGGCGUCGAGCACAUGCCGACACACCACGACAGCAACGCUGAUCGCUCGCUCUCCCCUCGGCGCUCCUCGCAACGUGCUCGCGCAAAGACAAGCGAGCAUUCGGCCACUCGACGACCACCGACAGCGAGCGAAGAAGUGAAAGCUGCAUACCUCGCUUUGCAAGCCCGCCCAGCCACCGGACACUAUGUGCAGCCUUUCGUGGGCUCCGCCGCUACCCAAGCCGGCUGGUUUCGACGCCCCUCCACAGCACAAGAUGCACAUCUCCCUUCUCCCUCUGCAACGCACACUCCGCAUGCCGGUCCGCAGCAGCCGUCCCCGCCGGGCGGAGACGAGGGCCGAAACAUGAAGCAGUUGCCAAGACUGCCUGCGCACGGUGCGCCAGAGAUUUCCAAACGCACAUCUUCAAGCCGUCUGAAAGCUUUUGCGCAAUCGUCCAAGUGGACCCAGCAUAGACAGAUGUCUGACGAUCAGAGCGCGCAGUUCCUAGACUCCCUGCAUGAUCAGGGUUUCUUAUGAUGUUUACGUGGCGACGGACAAGAUAUUGACCUUCCAGAGUAUCCGCCAGGUCUUGAUCCAACCCAUUUGGGC